UUUCAGAAAACUACAAACAUUUCGGCUCAUUAAAAAAUGCACAUUUUCAGGCCAAAUGCUCCGUCACUAAUGAAUAUGCCGGUGCUUGUAAUGGAUGUAAUUGGACGCCAAUCUAUUGGCUGGUUCUUCGCAAAGCUUCCUUCUAGGCCUCCUGUAAAACUUUCAGAUUUCGGCCAAAUUUCAUAAUUUUACACAUUUUCAAUUCGGAUGAUGCUU